GCCACCGUCGUUACCGAUCGGUUGGAACUAACCAGCGCCCUCCUUACCCAGAAAUAAACAAAGCUCGGAGUAUUUUGUCAGUGAAGUGUAAUUAGACCUCAACGAAUCAAUUUGAAAAUGAGCGACAACCUGCAAGCCAUUGUGGCUAUUAAGGAGGAGGACAUCGUUAUUGAUGGAGUUCGAGUGAAGAAGAAGAUAGCAGUUGUAGCUACAGAGCAAGGCGUCAUGACCAGGGAAGUGAUAGAGGCCACUGGAAUCCAAAGAACAUCUCCUGCACUACCUCCCCCUGGGGUGACUGUAGUACAUUCUCCACCACCUUCAGAUGAAGGCUGCGUAGACGCUUGUUGCAAGUGUGAAAGCGGAUACGAGUGGUACGACUUACAAGGGAAAGGUGCCUGCAUUGUCAUGUUGCUCCUUUUGGGUUACUUGAUUGGUGGAGUGAUCAUUUUGGCAAUAUACUUGUUGUGCUGUAUCCUGGCAUGCCUUGGUAGUUGCGACACCUCAGAUAACUAAGCAACACAGUUAAUCAGUGGUCUAUCUAGGGAGCAGAAAUUAGAUUGAACCAAUUAGCCUAGAGCGCUUUCUCUGAAAGUUUUAAUCUAUACUAAUCGGGAUUCCCUAUCUUCGAAUUUCCCUCUCCUCAGCCAAGCACGAGCGCGUUAUUUGUAGAAAGCUUUCUCAAAUUACAACUACUAUCUCAGAAGAUUUAAUGUUAGAAUUAACAUUAAAAGCACCACUCAACUAUACAUUCUAUACUGAAGUAGAAAAAUAAAAUAUUGAACCUCAGAAAA